CCAAGCAGAAGAGAUAAGGGAAAUAAUAAGCAGCUGAAAAGAGCGUUGAAACGAAACUACUACGCUUCCCUCGUCGUGUACUUGAAAAUUACUGUGUUUUGACGAGCUUUGUAGAAUUUAAAAUGUCUUACGCUUACCUCUUCAAAUACAUUAUCAUCGGUGACACGGGAGUCGGCAAGUCGUGUCUGCUGCUGCAAUUCACAGACAAAAGGUUUCAACCGGUACACGAUUUGACUAUUGGCGUUGAGUUUGGCGCGCGUAUGAUCACAAUUGAUGGAAAACAGAUUAAGCUGCAGAUUUGGGAUACGGCAGGGCAAGAAGCGUUCCGUUCCAUAACAAGAUCGUAUUAUCGUGGCGCGGCAGGAGCCUUGCUCGUUUACGAUAUAACUCGCAGAGAGACUUUCAACCAUUUAACAACGUGGCUAGAAGACGCACGACAGCAUUCCAAUUCAAACAUGGUGAUCAUGCUUAUUGGAAACAAGAGCGAUCUCGAUUCACGGAGAGAGGUUAAAAGAGAAGAGGGUGAAGCAUUUGCUCGAGAACACGGUCUCGUAUUUAUGGAAACGAGCGCAAAGACUGCAGCCAACGUCGAAGAGGCAUUUAUCAACACUGCGAAAGAGAUAUAUGAAAAAAUACAAGAAGGUGUCUUCGACAUCAACAAUGAGGCAAACGGCAUCAAAAUUGGACCUCAGCAUUCGCCGACAAGCCCAGGUAGCUUGGCGGGAACUGGAGGUCAGGGUGGCGCUCAAGGUGGUGGAUGUUGCUAGGGGCUGGGGGUUCGCUGCUCCCCAUUUCCCUGCGAACCGAUCUAAAACGAUCUCCCUUCCACCCCAUUCCUGCUCCACGUUUUCAACGAUUUGUAUAUUCAUUUGUAUAUUUGUGUGUACGUCGCGUAUCGAUGGAUGGGCAGUAAUUGGUAUAAUUUAUCGUUUUCAGAAUCUUAAUCGAUAUUGUAAUAAAUAAGAUUUGUCGCGUAAUUCCUUCAGGGUUUAUAAAAAUAGUACAUAAACAGAGAGAGAAGGCAGUUUUCACUUAACGAGACUCAUAGCGGUACUCUUUCAACGUAUAAAACUUCGUCUGUAAACUUAGAACUUUGACGCUCUGAACGAGACCUAUGUAUGAGGAAUGACGAGCGACAGCUUGAUUCCCGUGUUUUAAAAUACAUGUAAGACAGAAA